AUGUUCACCAACGGCGCGGAUUAUGCACUCGCGAGAAAAUUAAAUAGCCUGGACGAUAACGAAUUGCGCUUGCUCGACACCAGUGAUAGACUCAUGAUAAUGCGCGAGAAAAUAAAGGAAAACCUGUGUGAAUCCUACAAGACAAAUGCGCCACGUUACAAUAAAAGAAUCCGUGAGGUGCGUUUUAGUCCGGGCCAAGAGGUUUAUAAACGCAACUUUGUGCUAAGCGAUUUUAAACCAAAUGUAAACGCGAAAUUUAGCAGAAAGUUUACGAAGUGUCGCGUAACAAAAGCGCUUGGCAAUAACAUGUACCUGUUGGAGUCACUUACGGGAAAGAGCCUGGGAGCAUGGCAUGCCAAGGAUAUAAAGCAAUAA